AUGAAGCUUUCUAAAGAACAUUUUCAACAUGUGUUGCUUUUGUUUUUUAAUCAGAAGAAAACGGCGGCUGAAAGUUAUAGAAUUCUGAUACAAACUUAUGGUGAUGUUGCUCCAUCAAUUAAGCGCGGGGAGAGGGCCUCGGGGCGCUCAUCGAGCUCGCUGCCUUUCUCUUAUGUUUGUCAAGUAUUUCAGGAUGAAGUUUUCAAAGCAGUCAAGCCUAUCUACGAAGAAUUAAGUUCUGACGAUUUAUUAUCCCGCUGUCUUGGCGGGUAUACUCAAAAUAACAACGAGAGCUUCAACUCUGUGCUGUGGUCUAUAGCGCCGAAAGGGAUCCACAGCAGCAAGGCGAUCGUUGAUAUUGCUGCAAAUAUUGCUGUUUGCAAUUUCAACGAUGGCCUAAAAAGUGUAUUGGAAAUUAUGCAAGUUCUUAACUUAACGAUCGGUACCACCUGCUACAACUUUUGCAUAAAAACCGAUGAACGGCGGAUCCGCGCAGCCGAGCGCGCCAUGACUGCGGAAGCUAAAGCAGCUCGGAGACUUGACAUGUCCAAUAAAAAGGCCAAAGAUGAUGAGGACCUUAAUUUGGAAGGACAAUUGUACGGGCCAGGCAUUGCCGAUUAAGGUCACUUCAGUCAGCCACAAUCGUGUACACCAGCAAGACAUACGCGACGCUAGCGGCCUCUUUUGACGGCGUUCAUUUUAUAAACCAUGAUGAUUUUUCAAAAACAAAAAAUAUGUUCAGUGUCUUUAAUAUGUAAAUAAAAAAGCCCAAAGACCCGAUUUUUAAUUGCGCACUU